CYAGAAAGGAAUUUCCUUCCUUGAUCAAUCGAAAACAUGGAGGGAGGCUUAUAUAAAUGGGAGUUAUCGGCAGUCUUAACGUUCAUUCUCCUACUCAAACCAUGCCUAAUAGACGAGUAACCUACAUCUAAAUUAUAUGCGAUAUUUAGUUUGAGGCGUAGGAGAUUGUUUAAAGAAAAUGGGGGAUACAGUAGCAAUACUCGUUGCCCUAACGUUCCUGUUGAGAGUGAACGGGGAACCCCCCCGURUCGGAUACUGCAUGGGGGAGCAGUGCUUUGCCGUUUUCCAGGACCAAGCUAACUUUGGAACCGCUCAAAAACGUUGCGAGGAAAAUUAUAAUGGAUAUUUAAUGACAGUUCGAUCUUUGAUAUCACAUAGCAUCCUUUUAAUAUUACUUGGUAUUCAUACAGGAGAUUAUUGGAUUGGUUUACAUUUACCAAGCGGGCAAUGCCCCGACGAAGCAUCGUUUUUACGAGGGUACAGGUGGAUAACUGGAGAUAAUGAAACCAAAUUCCAGAACUGGGGGCGCUUUGAUGAUGUCUGUUCUUCAAAAUGUAUUUCGGUAUCAAAAUACGACUUUGUGUGGAAGGAACAACCAUGCGAAAGUAAAGUAGAUGGAUAUAUUUGUGAAUAUAAACUUGACAGUCCCUGCCAACAUGUAAUUGUAAAAGGGGACGAUUCAGUUCUGUAUGAGACCCCGUUGGGAUUCAAGGGAGAGAACCUACUGACAUUACCCCUCGGAACCACUGCAACGCUCAAAUCCAUCGGGUCGAAGUAUAUCUGUCUAUCUGAACAGUGGCUACAAGCACCGUGGGGUUGCGAGGUAUUCAACGGUGGCUGUGCGCAUGACUGUUCCUCAGUUAAUACUAUACCUGUAUGCACCUGCCCACCUGGAAAAACUCUCCAGGACAAUAACGUCACAUGUGAAGAUGCGCAAAAUGACCCCUGCCUUGACACAGGAUGCGCACAUCUCUGCCAAAAAAAAAAUGACAGCUACACUUGCAUGUGUCACCAUGGUUAUGCACUGGCAGAAGAUGGGAAGGAGUGCAAAGACAUUGAUGAUUGUAUCGAUAAUAGACAGUGCCCGGGACAUAACAUUAAGUGUGUCAAUACUGUUGGUGGAUUUAAAUGCGAAUGCCAUCAGGGAUAUGUGUUCGAAAAUGACAAAUGCGUCGAUGAAGAUGAGUGCUCCAUGGGUCCAUGUGAACACGAAUGCACAAACACAAUAGGCAGUUACAAUUGCUCCUGUUUGGAUGGAUUCAUAAGAAUGACAGAAGACACCAACCGGUGCCAAUUCGUUUGUUUAGCAGAGUGUUCCCCAGAAUGUGACCCAAGUACACCACAUCAUUGCAACUGUCCAAAUGGUUACUUACUCGAUGACAAAAAUGGGAAGUCAGUUUGUGUUGACAUAGAUGAAUGUGAGAUGGGUGAGUGCCAUCAUAAUUGUACAAAUACGUAUGGAGGUUACCUGUGUUCUUGUGAUGASGGAUUCGACUCGGUUGGUUUAAAUGAUUGUGUUGAGAGAGAACCGUCAAAUGUUUCAGGUUUUACCAUACCAUUUACACCAUUUGUCAAGCAUCCAACUGAGCGCCCUUCCACUGUAAAGGCUGGGGGUCUUCUUGGAAUUAUAGUAUGCAUUGUCAUUGUUAUUUUGGUGAUGGUUGUACUUAUUCACCUGAUACUAAAACGUCGAGGUAAUUUAGACAUUGCUUUCGAAAGCCAAGAUUUUGGUAAUCACGAUUUGCAACAAGUCACAAUGGAUAAGUACAAAACAUUAUCAUUUGACAGACAGUAGAUAUAUGACAAUCAAUAUUUUGUUGGAUAACUUUGUCAUUUUCAUUGUCAUUACUUUUUUACACGUCUGCAAAGGAGAAUCAGAUGUUUGAAUGUUUMAUAUUUUUAUUUCAUACAGUUGUAGUAAACCUAUCAUAAAUGUAAUGGCUCCAUAAGCAUCUCAUUACU